GAAGGGGCGGGGCGCGGCGGCCGGGCUCGCUGCCGGCCGGCGAGGUGGGCGGCGCGGCCUGUCCCUCCCCGCGGGGCGGCCACGGCAGCGCGGCCAGAGCCCGGCCCCCGCCCGGCCUCCCCUCGCCCCGCUCCUCCCCGGGCAGCCCGCUCUCCAUUGCUCUCCCUCAGGGUCCGCCGCUGCCGGGGAUGCGCCCGGCCCCCCGGGGCAACCAGGCGCCCUGAGCAGUCUUCCUGACCCCCCCCCCCCCCGCCCCGUCCCUGCUUCUCCCCUCUCAGGCGCGGGCGGAGGCGGUGAGCGGGUGAAGCCUCCCCCAUGGUGGGCUUCGGGGCCAACCGGAGGGGCGGCCGUCUGCCUUCCCUCGUCUUCGUGGCGCUGCUGGUGGUGAUCGCCAUCCUCGCCUUCAACUGCUGGAACGCCUCGUCCCGCCAGGCCCUGCUGCAGGAGGAGCUGGCCGAGCUGCAGAGCCAGGCCAAGCGCACCGAGGUGGCCCGGGGGCGCCUGGAGAAGAGGAACUCGGACCUGAUGGGCAAGGUGGACUCCCACAAGAAGCAGCUGGAGCAGAAGGAGGCCGACUACAGCCAGCUGAGCAGCCAGCUGCAGGCCCGGGACGGCCAGGUGAAGAAGUGCGAGGACAGCAAGAUGAAGCUGCAGAACAACAUAUCCUAUCAAAUGGCAGACAUACAUCGUUUAAAGGAGCAACUAGCAGAACUACGUCAGGAAUUCAUUCGCCAGGAAGAUCAGCUUCACGAGUACAAGAAGAACAAUACUUACCUUACACGGAGAUUGGAAUAUGAUAGUCUGCAGUGUGGGCAACAGAUCAAGGAAAUGAGACUGCAACAUGAAGAAAACAUGAAGAAAUUAAUGGACCAAAUUAUGCGGGAACAAAAGGCCACACAAAAAAUUCAGUCCAGUAAAGACACCGAAGUAAGUCCCAAUAAUGAUGACCAGGCAAUAUCUAAGACUGCUCCAGAGGCAGAAGAUAAAAACACAGUAAAGAAUGAGCAGCCUUCAGACCAUGUUGUAAAUGGGAAAGAGAAAAUCAAACCAGGAGGAGAUGCAGGCAUGCCUGAAAUAGAAGAUAAUGAUCCUGCUAAAGCUGAAGAUACUCCCACCGCUUUAAAGAAGCCACUUAUUUCAGCUCCUAAAAGCGAAGUUCAUCAGCCUGUUAUAAAUCUUCCAACUGAACAGCCCCACGCCCCAAAUCUGGCACCAGGUUUGCACAGUGACAAUGAUGGAAAUGCCGACAUUGCAAAGCAGAUACCUCCAAAUUCUCUCCAGCACUUAAAUUUUGAAGAAAAUAUGGAAAAUCAGAACGAACACAAAAUUGAAACGGACCAUAUAAAAAUUCCAAAGAGCAGAGUCAGUGACUUGCAGAAGAUGAAGCAAAGCCGAUUCUUUGAUGAGAAUGAGUCCCCUGUUGAUCCGCAGCAGGGUUCUAAACUGGCAGAUUAUAAUGGGGAUGAUGGUAACGUGGGUGAGUAUGAGGCAGACAAACAGGCCGAGCUGGCUUACAAUGAGGAAGAGGAUGGUGAUGGUGGAGAAGAAGACGUCCAAGAUGAUGAAGAAAGAGACCUACAGAACGACCUGGUUGAUUACGGCAAGCCACGCUUCAGCGACGGGGUCCUGUGAGGCUGGAGUCGGCAGGAGCUGGGGAUGGGGAG